AUGGGUUCCGUACCGAAAGGCUGGAAUGACUACACAAACUAUGGGGAAGUGCUAGUAGACACAUUCAUUCCGCUAAAGGUGCCACUGUCGCGGGAUAACAUAUUCGUCCCUUCACACGCACGAUUUACACCGGAAGAUGUCAUGCUGCAGCUAAAUGUAGGUUUGAUCAUUGAUCUAACAAAUACAAAGCGCUACUACAAUCCGCGCGAGUUCACCUCAAAUGGGAUCGAUCAUGUUAAGGUAUCGAUCCCGGGUAAAAUGGUACCAAAGCACUUUCUAGUAAAGCGUUUCAUUCGUCUAGUGAAAAACUUCCGGAACGAUUCUAGAAACGAGAGGAAGCUGAUAGGUGUACACUGUACCCAUGGUUUGAACCGCACCGGGUAUCUCAUCUGUACCUAUAUGAUCCAAGAGCUAGGAUAUGAUCCAAUGGAAGCAAUACAAUUGUUUAACACAAAACGUGGCCACGAAAUGGAGCGCAAUAACUACUUGGAAAACUUGCAAUGUAUGUUGCCGGGCAGACGAGAAGAGCCGGUAUACAUAUCUAAACAGUAUGAUACAGUACAGGACAGGAAUAGGUGGUCACGGCAGAACCGGGAGGAGGAUUCAGCAGGAAUGCAGCGAGACAGGUCAUAUCGGAGUUACGACAAUUCAGCUUCAAGAGAUCAUAUGAGACCAGCGUAUGGCUAUGACAAUAAUCAUCAUGAACGUUUCAACAUGUACACAACAUCAGACCGUAACCAGUUGAAAUGGGACCCUACAGUCAGACGUGUCGUAUCGCAUAGUACGCACAAUUUCCGGGUUCCAUCUUACCGGAACGCUUUAACAAAAGAAACAGGAAAGCACUCAAGGUUUGAAUAA